AUGCUAGUGCCAACGCUAGUGCCAAAUGCUAGUGCCAACGAGGACGCCAAUACAGGCGGCAAUGCUGAGAGUAAUAGAAUCCAUCCAGUCACUGACAUUAUUAAAGAGCCAUAUAAGCGGAAAGGGAGUCAAAUGGUUUUUCUAGAGAGAAAGAAACUGAAAGCACAGUUUCCCAAUACUUCUGAGAAUACGAAUGUAUUAGAGUUUCUUGGAUUUCGGUCUGACGAAAUUAAACAUCUUUUCCUCUAUGGUAUCGAUAUAUACUUCUGCCCAGAGGGAGUGUUCACACAAUACGGAUUAUGCAAGGGCUGUCAAAAGAUGUUCGAGCUCUGCGUCUGCUGGCCUCGCCAGAAAGUAUCGUAUCGGAGUAUAGCUUGGGAAGCACUAGCUGUGGAGAGAAUGCUGCGAAAUGACGAGGAAUACAAGGAAUACUUGGAAAAUAUCGAGCCAUAUCAUGGGGACCCUGUAGGAUAUUUGAAAUUUUUUAGCGUAAAGAAGAGAGAGAUCUACUCUCAGAUACAAAGAAAUUAUGCUUGGUACCUGGCUAUUACUAGAAGAAGGGAAACAAUUAGUGUAUUGGAUUCGACAAGAGGCAAGCAAGGGAGCCGAGUUUUCCGCAUGUCUGGAAGGCAAAUCGAAGAGUUGUAUUUUGAAGCAUGGAGCAACUUGCGCGAAUCGAAGACGGGGGUGCUGCAGUACUUUUUGAACUGGGACGAGAAAAAGUGCCAGGAAGAAUGGGAGGCAAAAGACGCUACGGUCGUUGUGGAGGCGCUCGAGAAACUUGGAGUUUUUCAGCGUUUGCGUUCCAUGACAAGCGCUGGACUGCAGGGUCCGCAGUACGUCAAGCUGCAGUUUGGCAGGCAUCAUCAACGGCUGAGGAGCAGGUAUGAAUUAAGUUUAGGAAUGCACUUGCGAGAUCAGACUGCGCUGGGAGGUACCCCAUCUAAACUGCCGCAUUGGACGCCUUUCCUCUCGAUGCUAAUAGGCCUGUUCUACAAUAAAAUAUUCCGGCAGAGACUGGAGUAUCUUUUGGAGCAGAUUUCGGAGGUGUGGUUAUUACCACAUUGGCUUGAUUUGGCAAACGUUGAAGUUCUCGCUGCAGAUAACACGAGAGUACCACUGUACAUGCUGAUGGUAGCGGUUCACAAAGAGCUAGGUAGCGAUGAUGUUCCAGACGGUAAGAUUGAUAUAUUAUUAUGUAGAGAUUCCAGCAGAGAAGUUGGAGAGUGA